GAUAGCACUCGCUAUCAACUUAGCCGUGUAUUCAUUGUUAUAUUUGUGUUUCAGUCGAGUGGUCAUGUAUGUGUUGUACAUAAAUAGUUAAAUAACACAACCUCCUUUCAUUAAAGUCGGUUAAUAAAUGAAUGUUUGUUGCUAAAAUGUGAUACAUGUGUUUAAAAUGAGACAGUGUGUUGGAUAUAUUUUCAAUUUGAUUCAUAGAGUGUAUUUGUAUUUGUUAUCGUGGGUGGCUUAUUUUUGGUCCUUUUUUUACGAUGGCAACAAAGUGUCAGCAACGGCGCAGACGCGACAGAUCGACGUCGGCUCCCCUAUCGAAGGCGAGAAGAAGAAACACAACAAGAUCAAGACGUCCAAGUACACGCUCCUCUGGUUCCUGCCAAAGAAUCUAUCGGAACAGUUUCGGAGAGUUGUCAACUUCUACUUCUUGAUAGUUACCAUCAUCUCCGUUGUGAUUGACAGUCCAGUGUCUCCGUUUACGAGUAUUCUUCCCCUAAGCUUCGUUGUGCUGGUAACAGCUGUGAAGCAAGGCUACGAAGAUUGGCUAAGGCACAAGGCUGAUAACAAGGUCAACAACCAGAUAGUUGAAAUAGUCCACAAAGGCGUGAUCAAUGAAGUGCGGAACUCCUCAAUCGCGCCUGGCACUCUUGUCCGAGUGCGGAGAGGGAAGGAGGUACCAGCGGACUUGGUGCUCCUCUGUUCCGCCGGGGACAAGGGGAAAUGCUACGUCACCACCGCCAAUUUGGAUGGGGAAACCAAUUUGAAGACUCUAAGAGUACCACCACCUUUAGUCGGGUUUACUCCAGAUAUCCUACCUCAUGGUAUGAAAAUCGAGGUCCCCAACCCAGUGGCAGAUCUGUACACGUUCUACGGUCGCCUGGAGAUCCCUUAUCAGGACAGUCUGGUGCUGACUCCAGAUCAUCUCAUGCUGAGAGGAUCAAGGGUCAAGAAUACUGAAUGGGCUAUUGGCUGUGCUGUUUAUACGGGUGAAGAAACGAAACUAGCUCUUAACUCAAAAUACACAGGGAACAAAUUCUCAUCAAGCGAGCUGGCGAUUAACCGGUCGUUGCUAUGGUUCAUAGGGUUGCUGAUCGCCGAAAUGGUGAUCUCUUUAGUGGCAAAGUUAUGGAUAGAGCGACGGAACCGUGAGAGAGACCUGUACUUGGGACCUGGGUCCCCAAUCCCGGCUCCAUUCGGCGAUAUCCUGCAAGAUCUGUUUUCUUUCUUGUUACUCUAUUACUAUAUUAUACCUAUGUCGCUUUAUGUUACUAUUGAGCUGUAUAAGUUUAUUGGGUCACUAUUCAUAGCCUGGGACGAGGACCUUCGGUGCGAAGAGACAGGAAGACCAGCGGCAGCAAAUACAUCAGAUUUGAACGAAGAGUUAGGUCAAGUAGAAGUCCUAUUUUCGGACAAAACAGGGACUCUUACCAAGAACCUCAUGGUGUUCAAGGCAUGCUCCAUAAAGGGACUAAUGUAUGAAGAAAAGGAUUCCAAAUUAUAUGAUGUGGAACAAUUUGAUGAACCUGUCGAUGUGUUUCAGACAGACAUCAAAUUCUUCUUCAAAAUCCUCGCUCUCUGUCAUUCCGUCCAAGUGUCGAACGAAGACAUGAAGAAGCUCAGCGCCCGUCUCUCAGUUACCGGCAACAUGCAACUCAUGAGCUUCUUCAAACGAAAGAAGAUUAAAACCAAUAACACUAACGGGUCAGUCGUCGACAAUGUAACUUGGAACUCUAUUAUCAAUGAGAAUGGGAACAAAAUUGAUUAUCAAGCUAGCAGUCCUGAUGAGAAGGCGUUAGUCGAAGUAGCUGAGCGGUUUGAUAUAACUUUUCUAGGUGAAGAAGGAAAUGAUUUAGUACUGAAAGUUGGGGAGCAUACUGAAAUGUAUGAGCGACUCCAGAUAAUUGAGUUUACUUCGGAAAGGAAGAGAAUGUCUGUUAUACUUCGGGAUAGAGAUGGGAAGAUAUGGUUGUUUUGCAAAGGAGCAGAGAGUUCCGUGUUCCCUCUGUGCACGAACUACAGCUGUGUGCAGGAGACUGACAGGGAUAUCAACAUAUUCGCCAAUAAGGGUCUUAGGACGCUCGCUAUUGCUUACCGAGAGGUGCCUGAGGAGGAGUAUGAGAGGGUUGCUGAAGCGAUAAAACGCCUAGACGGUAAGAGCGCGGAAUCACUGCAGCAAGUGACGCAACAAUAUCGCGCACUGGAGCGACAUCUGACGUUGAUCGGAGCUACCGGCGUCGAGGACUGUCUGCAGGACAACGUCGCUGAUACACUGGCUUCAUUGCGAGCUGCCGGAGUUAAGACUUGGGUGCUUACUGGGGAUAAGGUAGAAACAGCAAUCAACGUCGCCCAAUCCUGCGCACAUAUAUCAGAAAACGACAGAAGAAUGUUUAUGAUUGGCAUAGAAGACAACACGACGUUACAGGCUCAUUUAGACGAGUGUUCCCGGAUCAUUAGUGAACCAAGUUACAGAGACCUGACCUUAGUCGUAGAUGGCACUAGUAUGACGCAAGUUCUAGACACUGUAUAUGCGCCGGCGUUUGUUAAUAUUGCUAUAAGAUGUCACGCUGUGCUAUGCUGUCGGUUGUCGCCUAUACAGAAGGCUAAGAUAGUAAAAUUAAUAAAGGAAAGUGACGAGCGACCUAUCACUGCGGCCAUAGGAGACGGAGCCAACGAUAUAUCUAUGAUACAGGAGGCACAUGUCGGCUUCGGCAUCCUAGGCAGAGAGGGACAUCAGGCUGGGAGAUCUGCUGACUUCGCGAUCACGAAGUUCUCAAUGAUCAAGAAGAUUUUACUUGUUAUGGGACACUGGUACAACCAGCGACUGGCUACGCUCAUACAGUAUUUCUUCUAUAAGAAUCUAGUCCUUGGGAAUAUUAUGUUCCUAUUCCAAAUACACACGGUGUUCUCGACGCAGUCAAUCUUCGACUCAAUGUACCUGACGUUCUACAACCUCGUGUUUACUUCAGUGCCAGUACUACUGCUAUCUGUCACUGAACAGGCCUGGCCUUCUGCUGUACUCUAUAACAACCCUCCACUAUACAGCGGUAUAAAGAAGAACAAGUUGAUGUCGUGGCCGUACUUCGUGUCUUGGUGUAUAGCCGCCACGUACCACUCGCUCGUCAUAUACUGGUUCAGUUAUUUAGCCUUCAAGUAUUCUGUCAUCAAUUUUGAUGGGAAGCCUGUGGAUUUGUGGUGUUUCGGCGCGGUGACGUUCCACCUGCUGACGGUGGUGGUGAACCUGAAGCUGUGGCUGCACGCACGGUACCACACGCUACUGUUUGUGUUGUCCGUGGUGCUCUCCAUUGUCAUCUACAUGGGCUUCAAUACUGUGUAUUCUGUUAUUUAUUUGCAAAUCGAUGGCGAUGUUCUUGGUACGUAUAUAAGGUUACUCCAAUCUCCUGGCUUCAUGUUUCUCAACCUUGUUGUAGUUAUAGGCUGUUUACUGCCAGACUUUGUCGUCAGGAUCAUCUCCGAGCGCCUUACAAGAAUGAGGAUCAUGAAACGACCCACCGAACCUACUGUUUUUAUUACUAGUCUAUGAUAAAAUCAGUUCCAGAUUAACCAUGUUGUAAGAAAAGCAGUGAAUAGUAUCUCCUAAUUUUGAUGUUUAGUCAUUAGACAUUAAAUUUUUGACAGCUACCAGUGAUUGAAGAUAGCCUAAAGCUACUUUAGCGCCACCUGGUAAGCAAAAAGCGGUUCCGUGCUAACUUAAUUCAGCACUAGAUGCAAUGUCAUGAGUAAAUAACUCAUAUAUACUGUUGUUGAGGCAAUAAUCAUGACUAUAACUUACAAAUAUUGUAGUCAAAUGAAAGUAUACGUAAAUAGAGUAAGAAUAAGGUAGGUGUUUCAGAAACGUAUGUGAUAUAUACAGGGUGUAGGUUAGACAAACUACAAGUUUAAUGAAACGAUUUUAUUGUGCUAUUAUUAUUAUUGGUGCCGUAACGAAAUUAGCCAAAGUUAACUUGAUACGAUGCUAAUAGUACAAAAUGAAUGAAAAUAUUUUUGUAGUAAAUUUUUGACCAGUUAAAAAUACACCCUAAAUUGUAGAUGAUAAGACAAAUUUGAUAAUUGUAAAUAGAUACUUUAAGGUUAAUUGUUUAAAGUCGAGAUUAGAAAAUAUUUGUCAGUGUGCAGAAUGAGUACUUAUUUGAACUCAAGUAUUUAGAUUAAUAUGUUCAUAAAUACAUUUCAGUCACAACACUAUAACUUAUUUAUGGCCUGGAAACUAUUUAUAGGUAAAAAUAAUUUAUAUUUUAGAUAUUUUCAAAUAUUGUAUUUUGCUAGUCCAAAUGUCAUAAUUCGGGUAAUAAAUGAAUGUGAUAAACGUUUUAGAUUUAAUAAUAAUAACUUAAGUGGUGAUUUGUGGACAUUUGACGACGACGCACGAUAAUUACUCGUGUCCAUUACUGUAGGUAAUUAUACAUUAAUUUUCAUAUAAAAUGUAUCUGAAAAUAUUUUAUCUCGUUCCGUGAACAAUGAGUAGAUACUCCAGAUAUAUUUUUGUCAUAUUAUAGCCAACGCAUGUUUAAUAAAAUUAUAUCCUUCAAGUCAGAACGGCUAAAGGGA